CAAGUAAAACGAAAUGUGAGGUUUUACAAAUUGAAACUUGAAUGAAUUAAAUCCAAGCUCUCAUGUUCAAGAAAUGUGAAGUUGCAAAAUUUGAAUUGUUUAAAAGAUUGUGAUUAUUACAUCAUAGGCAACAACUGUCAUGCAGGUUUUUACUUCAAUUCGUUGGAAAAAAUUAUUCUUUCAUUUCUGUUUUCACUAUUAGGGUGCCGAUUGUUAUUUUGUGGUUGGAACUAGAAGUGAUGUCAUUACAUUAUAUUGGGAAUUCAUUAAAUGUCUAUGCCAAUAUGUUAAAUACGAAUUGCCGCUUCAUACGUUGCUGUUGUUGCUUUAUCGGAAAGCGGGGUAGGUGAUAAUAAACAACCGGUAGACGGCAGCAAAGAGUGGACACAAAGUGGGAUUCUGCAUUACAAACAUUGGUUUAAAGAAAACAGUUAUGCGUUAACGCAUACAAAGUCUUACGACGUGGUAACUCGCAAGCGGCUUGGUGUUUGGGUAUUGUGCCAACUUGGCUUAAGUCACUGGUGGCAUUUGGCAGGAUCUCCAAUUUAGAGUAGAAUUGGUAAACCGGCGCAAGGGUUGUGAAUCAGUACACCCGUGUAAUAACAACUGUCGUUGUCCUUCAAGCAAAUUUAUUUAAAUGGCAUUCACUCAUUUUAACUGUGAAACAUAUUCGUUUUAGCCACAUUUUUGGUUAAUCUCGUAUUCGUAACGUAUUUGUUGUUAAUAACAUGCGUGAUACCGAACACCGCGUUAUAACUUCUGAAGGUUCCCGCUACAAGGAUAAAUGAUCGACAUUCAUUCAUACUUUAAAACUCGCCUGUCCAGAAGCCCGAACGCUCGAGGAUAAUUCACAUAGCGCUCAGGUACUCGGAGAAAAAACGUAAAUUCCACGAAGAAGGCACAAAAGUAGGCGAUGUAUCUUGCUCAAGACAUUACACAACGCUUUGACAAUGGGGAACGUAAAGUGCAACGUGAACGCUCGAAAGUCUGUACUUCUGUUCGUCUUUGCGGCAUUUCUGGUUAAUGUACAAACACCGGUACAAUGCCAACGUCAGGCGACGACGACGAUAGUGAAGUUAAAACACAACAUCGCAACUUUGAAAGGGUUGUUGUUACGACAGGAACGUCGCUUAGUUGUCGGGUUCAAAGGUUUACAACGGAAGAUCGUUUCAAUGAACAAAAUGGCCGUCAAAGCUGAGAGGGAGAUGGGGGGACCACCAGUAACUUGUGCCCCGCUCACUGCUCCACCCAAUGGACAUAUGUUGGGUGUUCGUACGGACAUAAACGGGGCCACAGUCCCGAUAAACAACGAAGUAUAUUUCGUCUGUGAUGAUGGAUUCCAUCUUCGAGGCCCAGAAGUUCGAACAUGUUUGGGAAACAACACAUGGAGUGGACACGACGUGUUGUGUGUAGACAUGCGAGCUGAGUAUCGAGCGUGUGCCAAGUUAUCGUGCAAGAAUGGGGGAAGGUGUGUGAAAGUAAACGAUGACAACGUAUACGCUUGUCAGUGUUUGAGGGGGUAUAAGGGAAGAAGGUGUCAGAAAGUUGUUAAAACAAGUCUCACCGGUCCCAUCAAGCGAGCGAUCUGUUCCAACCGCUCCACACACGAAGGUUGUUAUUGUGAGCGUGGUUAUAAGAUUGGGACCGCGCAAAACCUUUGCUUUGAUGUUGAUGAAUGCAGUGAGACGCGACAUCCUGUUACUGAUGUCAUACCUGGUGAUUUAGGGUCACAUGUGAAGCGACACGCAGGGUUCCGAAGGUCAUUAUGUCGUCAUAAAUGCGUUAACACCCCGGGUUCAUACGUGUGCACGUGCCCACCCGGUUAUGACAUCACAGGGGAUAACAAUCAGGAUUGUCAUGACAUAGAUGAAUGUGAACGAGGCACCCACAAUUGCACGGAUGAUCAAUAUUGUUUCAACACUGGUGGAAGUUUUCAAUGCGUUGGUGUUGUUUGUCCCCCACAUUAUUUCCGAGCUAACACAUACACUUGCCAUAGGGACCGCUGCAGGGAUUGGGAUCGGAAAUGUCUGAAGGAUCCGUUGUCGUACACCUUCAGUUUCAUAGAUAUCCCGGCCAACCUCAAUUACCCUGUUGAUAUAUUCCGCUGGGGCGUCGGGGUGGACGAGGGAGCAAGCCAGAACAACAGGUUCUAUGUAACCCCCGCAACCAACCCCGGUCGGUUAUUCUCCGCUCGUAAAGUUGACGCGGUGACCGGUAUGCUGGUGUUGAAUCGUCCACUAGAUGUCUCAUCUGCAACCGUGGAUUUUGAGAUGCGGGAAUUCAACCCGGGCCAUGGGAGGCAACUUAUCGUUAAAUAUACCUCAAGGAUAAUCAUCUUCUCAUCUCCGUAUGCGUUUUGAUGACGGAACUUUAAGAUACUGUAGGUCUCUCUAUAUGGGUGAAGUCCUAUAGCGAGGCAUGCCAUGGGACAUAGGCCACAGUUGGCCCAUUUACAUUCUGUGUAACUUUGCCGACUGUUUUGCACUUCAAGCGAUAAUUGCAAGAAAAUGACGCAGGCCACUACCAGGCGCUGAAGAGCGGCCACUGCUUGCCUACACUACUCAGUGUUAACGCAUAAUAUACGUAUGCUGGUUUCGCAAGUACACACAAUGUAUAAAGCU